GUCAGGCGGAAAAGAGUUUCUACUUCUGCGAAGACUGCGCAGGCUAACGGCGCAUUCCCGCCAUCUUUCUCGGAAACAGCGUAAGUGCGGUUCGUGAAUGGGCUGAGCUGUAGUUCCCGAACGUAAAACCUGCGCAGGAUUUUUUUGGUACCGAGCGGAGAGGAGAUGCACACGGCACUCGAGUGAGGGGACCAAUAACGAGGACACAAUGCGAGUGCACGUACACACCAAAUUCUGCUUCCUGUGCGUUCUCACCUUCAUCUUCCAUCACUGCAACCAUUGCCAUGCGGAUGGACAUGACCACCCAGCCGUCAAUCAUCAGCACAUCGACCUGCAGAUCUCUGAGGCUCCGUAUGUCCGAGCCACCACCGAGUCCAACGCUCAAGAAGGGGGACCUCUAGAGGAAGAGCAGCGUUUCUACAUCCAGCAGCUGUUCAGGCGCUACGGACAGAAAGACCGGUUAGACUUCCAUGGCUUCCAGAGUCUCCUGAUGAGUCUGGGUUUAGGGAAAGUGAAGUUGGUAAGCGUGGAUCAUGAGGAUCUGGGUCAUGACCAUGUAGCCCACCUUGACCUGUUGGACGUUCAGGAAGGGCUUCACUCACACUCAUCCUCUAGCGACGACCACAAUCAUGAUCAUCACACUCAUGACCAUCACGACCACAAUCAUGAUCAUCACGACCACAAUCAUGGUCAUCACAGUCAUGACCAUCACGAUCACAGUCAUGACCAUCAUGACCACAAGCCCCGUCCUCCACGAACAGAACAGGUUCCCACACGAUGCAGCCACACCACUGCUUCCAGUCCGCCUACUGGUGAGCCGAGUGGGAACCAGGAACAUUCUGAUCAUGAUGCACAUGAUGAGGACCACCCACAGCAGCAAACAGAGGUACAGAGCAGCCGCAAACAUCUAACCUCUGUGCAUCAGGGCCACAGAAACCACAGCCAUGACCGACACAAUCACACCGAUGGACAGCUGGAGCCAGCAGUCGGUCCGACGCAGAGUCCAGCCAGGAGGACCAGGAGGCCGGGAAAGGUCAGAGGCCAGCGGAGGCCCAACAAGUUACCCACACCUGAAACGCCCCAACCUGGGGGUCAUGACCACGAACACGGUCAUGACCACGAACACGGUCAUGAUGGGGGUCAUGACCACGAACACGGUCAUGAUGGGGGUCAUGACCACGAACACGGUCAUGAUGGGGGUCAUGACCAUGAACACGGUCAUAAAGACAAGAGAGAGGCUCCAGGUGUGGCUGCUGUGGUUGCAGCUUCACCAGUGCUUAUAAAGCAUCCAAGUGGAAUGACGCACCAGCAUGAGGAGUGUUUGAACCUGACUCAGCUCCUCACCUACUACGGCCUACAUCCCAACUCGGUCAUCUCCCCCAGCGAGUUCACCUACCUGUGCCCCGCCCUGCUCUACCAGAUAGACACCCGCGUCUGCAUCCGCCAUUACCAUCAGAUGGAGGUGGAGCAGGAAGCCCUGCAGCCCAUCAGUUCUGGUAAGGAGCCGAACAUCGACCCGGUGGAGGCAAUAAGUCUGAGGAGAACACAUGAGGAGUGUUUGAACCUGACUCAGCUCCUCACCUACUACGGCCUACAUCCCAACUCGGUCAUCUCCCCCAGCGAGUUCACCUACCUGUGCCCCGCCCUGCUCUACCAGAUAGACACCCGCGUCUGCAUCCGCCAUUACCAUCAGAUGGAGGUGGAGCAGGAAGCCCUGCAGCCCAUCAGUUCUGGGUGGGUGUGGCUCUGGGGCUUCGUCUCCAUCACCAUCAUCAGCCUGCUGUCCCUUUUGGGGGUCGUUCUCGUCCCCAUCCUCAAGCAGUCCUGCUUCAAGUUCCUGCUCACCUUCCUGGUGGCGCUAGCAGUGGGAACGCUCAGCGGAGACGCUCUGCUUCAUCUGCUGCCUCACGUGAGUUCAGCCCGACCCGAAAACCCAGAACAACCGGCUGGCAUGAAAAGCUUCUGGGUCAGAAGGACUGGAUCCAAACAGCAGCUCAGUGAAAAUAAAAGGCUCAGAGCUUUUAGCUACCCGGAGAGCUCCACCGUUUCCUGCGACAACGCCCACAACGACACGCAGCUCAGCGAGCUGCAGCCGCCCGACUCCCCCUCCACCAAGACGCCGCUGGCGCCCGGCGCCGACGGAGGCCGCAAGGCCCGCAAGCACGGACACGGACACUCCCACGGAGGGAACUGCCACUCGGACCAGGAGAUGAAGGACGCCGGCAUCGCCAGCAUCGCCUGGAUGGUCAUCAUGGGAGACGGCAUGCACAACUUCAGCGACGGCCUGGCCAUCGGCGCGGCGUUCAGCUCCAAUAUCACGGGAGGCAUCAGCACGUCUGUGGCUGUCUUCUGCCAUGAACUACCUCAUGAACUCGGGGACUUUGCGGUCCUGCUGAAGGCCGGCAUGUCGGUGAAGCAGGCCAUCGUCUACAACCUGCUGUCCGCCCUCAUGGCGUACGUCGGCAUGCUGAUCGGCACUGCCGUGGGCCAGUACACGCACAACGUCACCAACUGGAUCUUCGCCAUCACCGCCGGCAUGUUCCUCUAUGUGGCACUGGUGGACAUGCUGCCGGAGAUGCUGCACGGCGACAGCGAGGAGCACAAGCGCUGCCACCUGGGCCACUUCGUCCUGCAGAAUGUCGGCAUGCUGACCGGCUUCGCCAUCAUGCUGCUAAUCGCCAUCUUUGAGGACCGCAUUGUGUUCGACUUCGGCUUCUAGCGGCCGGACGCCGUCCUGCAUGCGCUCCGUUGUUCUGCGCGUCGCGUCGUGCUGCUAGCGAUGUUUACGAAGCACAACGCCCAUCCGUGUCAUCGUUUUGUCCUUUGUCGAGUCCCACCUGCUGAUGUCAUCACGCCGCGUCUUGACAGGAACAGAAGCAGUCCUUCGCACAAUAUGUCGUGUUUUUGUGUCGUCUGGGUUCGUAGGGAACCUGGAUCGGUAGAGUAGCCGCCAAACAGGGCUGGGUGAUAAAUCCAAUUCAUCCGAGUUGGAUUCUUGGUUUAUGAAGAGUUGUUUUUUUUUUUUUUGUUUGUUUUUUUUUUGAAAAUCUGAAUUUUUGUUUGUUUUUUCACCAAUACAUCCUUUGUUUCCAGAGUUCAGCGGACAUUUUGAUUCAAAAGCAUUUUUUACAGCUUCUGUUUAUUUGGAAUUCAGGUCAACGCUACAAAGAAAUAUAACGGCCAGACCACGAUUUUAUUUUCAAAUUAUGAAAACAAAUAUGUACGACAAUAGUUAAAUAAUACAAUAAAGACGCAAUAUUACAAGAAUAAACAUCUUGUGAAGUUAUACUUUUGUACCAGUAAAAGAAAUACUUCAUUUUUUAACUCAUCAGCAUCAAAUUAUCAUCAGUAGCAGGACUUUGAAACAAUCGUGCAACUGAGUUUAUUUCAAAUAAAGGACAAAAUGAACUUGAUAACGUUAAAAGUUUUUCUGGAAAUUUUAAGACGUUUUUCUGGUAAAAUUGCGUCUAUCUGCUAGUAUAACUUUAUUUUCAAAUCCCGGCCGUGCAAAAGAAAUCUGUUGAACUUGGAACUGGUAUGAAGAAAUAGUCGCGUUUAUUUUGGUGUUGUCGCCCAGCCCUGCUGCCGAAGCCUGUUAGCUUUAGCAUGUCCAGCUGUCCGCCAUGUUUCUGAAUUGAUCCAAUGAUCUGGAGCCAAACUGCAACGAUUUUCGCGUCAGACAUUCAUGUUUUAAUGAGAACUACGAAGCUACAUAAGAGCCAUAAAGUUUGCACCAAAAAAA